CACACACACACACACACACACACACACACACACACACACACACACAAAGGAGCUAAUUCAAGCAUUUAAGGCACACAUUCAGUGUGUACGUUUGUGUUCCACUACCAUGACCAAAGCAAUCACUUUUGUUCUUCUUGCCUCAAUACUUUUGUGCCUUCAGGCUGCUCCAGUGGAUCGCCAUGGCGGCUCAGAUGUACACUGUCCUCUAAACGUGAAGAUCCUGGACGCAUUGAAAGGCGCACCUGCUGGAAAUGUAGCGCUUACGGUCUUCCGUCAAGGUGCUGAUAAAACAUGGGAACAAAUCGCCAGUGGGAGUACCAAUGUAGCCGGUGAAGUUCAUGAACUUCUCUCCGAGCAGGACUUCAGACCAGGUGUUUAUCGUGUCGAGUUCGACACCAAGACCUACUGGAAAGCAGAAGGUCGCACACCGUUCCACGACGUUGCCGAAGUAGUUUUCGAGGCUCAUGCAGAAGGACAUCGGCAUUACACUCUGGCCCUGUUACUCAGCCCCUUCUCCUACACCACAACAGCUGUAGUGGGGAAAGAACAUGACUAGAUGAUUGCAGUAUGCUGAAAUCCCUCAUCAACCACAUCUGUACAGGCAAUGAGUUGCUUAAAAAGGUCACCGUGAAGGAUAAAGGAUGCAUUCAAACAAGAAAAAGAGAUCUGUAUAAGUUCUAUAAAGUCUUUUAAUGGUCAUUACAGAGUGUAAUGCAGUGAACAAUUUGAUAACACAGUGAAUAGACCGGAAAAAUGGGGAAGGUUUAUUAAAGACAAAAAGGAAAAAAAAAAAAAAAAAAGAAGGGGGGGGGGGGUGUCGUACAAUGGGGGGAGAAAGAAAUGUACACAUCAGUCAAAGCAGUCGCCAUCUUAAUACAGUUUCUGAAAAGAUAGUAGGAGAACAUGGACCCUGUAAAACAAUACAAGAUGCAAAAGAAAAGGCCCCCCUACGUUUUCAGCUACGAUGUACAAGGUAUGUCUAGUAAAUAACGAGACGAAUACAAUAACAUCUUUAUUUAUAUGUAUCCCAGUUCUAAUGCGUGUACCAUGAUGCAGGACAUUACAGGAUUAAUAUAAUGGGAUCGGAAUACAUUUUUUCAGUUUUUUUUUCCCCUCUCACUCUGUUUUGCCUUUUUUUUCUUUUGGCUUUGUCAAAACUGCUUAUAAUAAUGCUGGUUCUCUGUUCUGCCUUCUGGAAACAAUUCUUAUUGAACACCUUUCAUCUAUAAUAAUAAUAAAUAAAAAAAAAAAAAAAAAAAAAAAA